AUGUCUGAUUUCGAGGAUUUCAUCAAGCCGGGGGGGCAGGCGAACGUGUCCGAGACCUACCAGCUGAACGCCACCAGCGUGAUCGUGUCGGUGGUCUUCUCCCUCAUCUUCCUGCUGGGCACCGUCGGCAACAGCCUGGUGCUGGCCGUGCUGCUGCGGAGCGGCCAGGUCGGCUACAACACCACCAACCUCUUCAUCCUCAACCUGAGCGUGGCCGACUUCUUCUUCAUCAUCUUCUGCGUCCCUUUCCAAGCCACCAUCUACUCCCUGGAGGGCUGGGUGUUCGGCUCCUUCAUGUGCAAGGUGGUGCACUUCUUCAUCAACCUCACCAUGUACGCCAGCAGCUUCACGCUGGCCGCCGUCUCUGUGGACAGGUAUCUUGCCAUUCGUUACCCACUCCGCUCCAGAGAACUACGCACCCCCUGUAACGCGGUGGUUGCCAUGGUGAUCAUCUGGGGUCUCUCGCUGGUCUUUGCCGGUCCGUACCUCAGCUACUACGACCUGAUCGACUUCAACAACAGCACCGUGUGCAUCCCGGGCUGGGAGGAGCAGAACCGCAAGGUGCUGGACACGUGCACCUUUCUGGUCGGCUACGUCAUCCCCGUGCUCAUCGUGAGCCUCUCGUACACCCGGACCAUCAAGUACCUGUGGACGGCCGUCGACCCUCUGGACGGCAUGUCCGAGUCCAAGAGGGCCAAACGCAAAGUCACCAAAAUGAUCAUCAUCGUCACGGUGCUCUUCUGCAUAUGCUGGCUGCCGUACCACGUGGUGAUCCUGUGCUACCUCUACGGGGACUUCCCCUUCAAUCAGACCACGUACGCCUUCAGGCUCCUCUCUCACUGCAUGGCCUACGCCAACUCCUGCGUCAACCCCAUCGUGUACGCUCUGGUGUCCAAGCACUUUCGCAAAGGGUUCAAGAAGGUGUUCAGCUGCAUCCUCAGCAAAAACGGGAGGAAUAAGGUCCACGUGGUGCACGUGGCCAACACCGUGCCCGGGUUCGAGGCGGGCUCCACGGAGGUGUCGCAGAUGCACGAGGAGAACAUACGACAGAAUGAAUGUGAGAUGAUAAACAGGCCGAUCGCGGAGCCAAGAGAGGCCACGGUGACACUGAAUCUGCCCUUUCAGCGGCAGACUUGA